CAAAAGGUUAGGAAUAAUUUUUGGUUGCGCUUGCUCUGGCUCCCGGUGCCUCCUCCUGCAUUGUGACUCACAGCAUUGUGCAUUUGGCGUUCUAAGCUUUAUAAAGGGUCCACUGGGUGCGGUUGUAGUUAACCCUUUUAUAUCAAAUUAUACCUUUCUUUCAUCACUUUUCAGCACCGUCACAUUAGACCAGGCGCUGUUUAUCUCCUCCACAAUGACCUCAAACGAUUCGACCCCCACCAUCUACUUCGGCUAUGGAUCGAAUCUUUGGCUCCACCAAAUGGAACUCCGGUGCCCGACAUCGAAAUUCCUAGGCGUAGCGCGGUUGGACGAAUACAAAUGGAUUAUCAACGAUCGCGGUUAUGCAAACGUGGUGGAAGUCAAGAGCGCUACUUCUGCUAAAGAGGCAAAGGAGGAAGAUACAAAUCCGGUAAACAAGAAGUCGAAGUACGAUAAUGUUGUCUUUGGGCUCGUAUACUCCUUAGAACCGAAAGACGAGGAUCGACUGGAUGUCAAUGAGGGCGUACCAUUCGCUUAUACCAAGGAGUAUCUUGCCUGCGAUUUUUGGAAAUCCUCCGAUGGGAAGUGGACGGAUGUCAGCAAGCCCUCGACUUGCGAGAAGGAGAUGUUGGUGUAUGUGGAUAGGAAAAGGACCGAGGAGAGUACGCCCAAGAAAGAGUAUAUUUGGAGGAUGAAUCGGGGGAUUGAGGAUGCAGACAUGAUGGGAGUGCCGAGGGGAUAUGUGGAGGGUGUUAUGAGAAAAUUCAUUCCGGUGGAGGAGGAGGAGGGGGGAAGAGGGGAGGGAAAUGGGAAGAGGAGGAGUGUAGAGGAUAAGGCGUGGGAGCAGGCGAGGAGGUUUGUGGACGAGAACUGA